UGGCGGCUGUUGAAGUCAAGCAUUUUGCAUUGUUGAAUUUUCACAGCUGUGGUUAAUUGUUCAGUUGGGUUGUGUUUGUCAAGAGAAUUUUCAUACAUUUUAGGUCGUUGAUGAUUAGUGACGCACGCGCAGAAGCGGGCGUAGACAAAGGUUUUGUGAUGUGUGCUGAUUGUCAGCUGUAGUUUUAUAGAAUGGUUUUAAUUUGCGUAUGAUUUUAAAGUGUUUGUGGACAUUCAGUGUGGUGGAUAAUGUUCAUAAAAUGUGGAUACGUCAUUAUUCUUCUAACUGCUCUUCCUUGUAUCCCAAGCGUCCCGCUGAGCGAGUACGUGAGCCGCUUCGACACGCUGUCGUACGACGCGCAGGCGGUGCACCGCAGCCACGCGCGCGCCAAGCGCUCGGCCGCCGGCGACGCGUCGGUGGACGUGAACUUCUCGGCGCACAGCCGCUCCUUCAAGAUCCGCCUGAAACGCGACACGUCCAUGUUCAGCGACGACCUGGUGGUGCACGGCCACGACGGCAGCCGCGUGCCCGUCGACACGUCGCACAUCUACCGGGGGCACGUCGCGGAUGAACCUGACAGUCUUGUGUUUGGUUCCAUUUCUGAUGGAAUAUUCGAGGGGAAGAUACUCACUCAACAAGGGUCUUUCUACGUGGAGAAGGCUCAUCAUUAUUUCCCUAAAAGGGACAACACGUCUUUCCAUUCUGUGAUAUACUCCGAAAAUGAUAUAACAGACCCUUACGAGAAGCUAAGAACAGGUCACGUCGGAGGCUGCGGCAUCACGGAGGAAGUGAGCCAGUGGAUGGACCGCAUCCAGAGCUCGGCCGUCGAGGAGCAGCAGCAGGAGGAGGAUGAGCAGGGGACGACGGAGACGUCUCUUCCGGCCCGGAGGACUCCCGGCAGCAACGACCCGUUCCUGCACAAGUACAGCCGCGAGGCUAACGAGGGCCCCGCGCUCCGCCGCGCCAAGCGAGCCACGCGCUCCAAGGAGGACAACCGCAACACCUGCUCCCUCUUCAUCCAGACGGACCCCCUCAUCUGGAGGCACAUCACGGAGCAGGUGAAUAAUGAUCCAGAAAAGACGCGUGAAGAAAUCCUGUCCCUCAUAGCUCACCACGUCACUGCCGUGAACUACAUUUAUCGCGACACAAAAUUUGAUGGCAGAGUGGAGCACAGAAACAUCAAGUUUGAAGUUCAAAGGAUAAAGAUCGACGACGAUGCGGCGUGCCGCCCGCACUUCAACGGGGAGCCCAACCAGUUCUGCCUGGAGAACAUAGACGUGAGCAACUUCCUGAACCUGCACUCGCUGGGCAACCACGAGGCGUUCUGCCUCGCCUACGUCUUCACCUACAGGGACUUCACCGGCGGGACGCUGGGGCUGGCCUGGGUUGCCUCUGCAUCAGGGGCAUCGGGAGGCAUCUGCGAAAAGUACAAGACGUACACGGAAACAGUGAGCGGCAUGUACCAGUCCACCAAGCGCAGUCUGAACACCGGCAUCAUCACGUUCGUCAACUACAACAGCCGGGUGCCCCCCAAGGUCUCGCAGCUCACUUUGGCCCACGAAAUCGGCCACAACUUCGGCUCUCCGCACGACUACCCGCCCGAGUGCCGGCCGGGCGGGCCCAACGGCAACUUCAUCAUGUUUGCGUCGGCGACGAGCGGCGACCGCCCCAACAACAGCAAGUUCUCCAGCUGCAGCAUCAGCAACAUCAGCAACGUCCUAGAUGCCAUCGUGGACACCAAGAAGAGGAACUGCUUCACGGCGUCGGAAGGAGCGUUCUGCGGCAACAAGAUCGUGGAGGCGGGGGAGGAGUGCGACUGCGGCUACGACGACAAGGAGUGCAGGGACGUGUGCUGCUACCCGCGCAUCGUCACGGACCAGGACAAGUACCACAACGGCAGCGCGCGCGGCUGCGCCCGCCGCGCCAACACGGAGUGCAGCCCCAGCCAAGGGCCGUGCUGUGCCAGCGACACCUGCCGCUUCAUCCCCGCCAGCUACAAGAUGCAGUGCAAGGCCGACUCGGAGUGCAGUCGCAGCUCCAACUGCAACGGCCGCUCGGCCGAGUGCCCUCCCCCGGAGCCCAAGGACAACACCACCCGCUGCAACGAAGCCACGCAGCUGUGCAUCAACGGGGAGUGCACGGGCUCCAUCUGCCUGGCGUGGAACCUGUCCGAGUGCUUCCUCACCAGCAGCAUCAUCCCCAACAUAGACAAGCGCAAGCUGUGCGAGCUGGCCUGCCAGAACGGCACGGACCCCGCCAGCUGCCGCAGCACCAGCGACUUCGCGCACCUGGUGGGGCUGCCCCCGGGGGGCAUCAGCCUGCGCCCGGGCUCCCCCUGCGACAACUUCCAGGGAUACUGCGAUGUGUUCUUCAAGUGCCGAGCCGUGGAUGCGGAGGGUCCGCUGGCGAGGUUGAAGAACUUGUUGUUCAACAAGGAGACUCUCCAAACAGUAGCGCAGUGGAUCACCGAAUACUGGUGGGCCGUGCUGCUGAUGGGCAUAGCCUUCAUCAUCUUCAUGGGGCUGUUCAUCAAGUGCUGUGCGGUGCACACUCCCUCGUCCAACCCCAAGAAGCCACCGGCGAGGCGCUUCAGCGACACACUGCGUCGCCCCAUGAACACCUUCAGGAGAAUGCGAGGACCGCACAGUGUUCCCGGGGGAGCCCACGCGAUGGGCGGCGUGGGGCGGUCGGCCCGGGGCCCCACCCGGGGCUACGGCGAGGGCAGAGCGAGCGCCCCUCCUGCCAGCUACAGCCGCACCAACCACCCGGAGCUGUACGCAGGGGCGUACGGCGGCCGCAACAUGUACGAGAUGCGGCACCACAAGGUCUGACAGUGCAGCGAGGAUGGUCUGCGCUCGCUGUCGCGUCCGGCCCCGGGGGCCGUGCCCCGGUGCGACGGGAAAGCGAACUCGCCCCUCGCCCUGGCACCCUGCCCCCCCAGGCACGUGGCUGUCUCGCUAGCCGUGUUUUAAACUAAAACGUCGUGAACAACAAAACUAUUUGUCCUUUUUUUUAACGAGACUUCGAAAGUUAUCGUGAUCGAUACUUUUUGGUACAAACUGUGAUGUGUGUUUUUUUUUUCUCUCGUGUAUUUAAAUGAGGAACAAGACAUGUUAAAUACCUAUUAUUUUGAUAUUGUUCAGCAUUUUGUUGUGUUGAAUAGCAAAGAUAUUAUGGCAGACUGCAAAUUUUUUAACAUUGGUGUAAGUAUGGUGUUGAAGAAUUUAAGUUUUUUUUUUAUCUGGUAUGAAAAUGUUUUUGGAACUUCUUGCAGUAUUUAUAUAUUUAAGUAAUUAAGUUACUUUUAAUUAAUUCAGUAAAAACAUUUUAUGUCAAAUUGCUUAUGUACCUUUUUUGUUUUAUGAUCACAUUCCAGUCCAAACUUUUGUAUUCAAGCUGUCACACACUUCAUUUACUAUGUUAUUCUUUAAAGUAUAUACUUGUAUCAUAGAGGGAAAAAAAUUGAACAUCUGAGAGGUUGUACAGAAAUAUUACUGUAGUUUCAUUGAUUGCUAUAGAGUUUGUUCCAUGAUAGCUGCUUUCAGUAAUUUCAUUUCAAUAUUUUACUCGUAAAAUUUUCCAGAUGUAUGUUUAUGGCCUUAUGGGUUGAAUGUCUUACUUUUGAUGCUUAGAUUUUUUUACAUUUCGGCCCCCAUUUUUUCAGAUUUGUUUUGAUUUUAAUUUCGCAGGCUGAUAACCACUUGGUUCAUAUAUUGCGCAGUGUGUUGGGUGUAUAAUUCUUUGUAACACGAAGCGUGAGAGAUAGCUUGCUUCUUCCACUGUAUUGCAUUGUCUCGCAGUGCGGUGUUCAAGAACAUUCUUUGAAAUUUGCAGCCAACAUGUGUAACAGCUCCGUGCUUGCAGCGUGUGUGUGCACAUGAGGAAACUAUCAUGGGUAGAAAGUCAGGUCAUUCAUUUGCUCUGUUGCCUUGAUUAAAGUUGGAGCUGGAGGAUACCAUGAUGUUGAUACUCAAUACUUUUAUUGUUUUAGGCUCGGUUCCAUAUAUAUAUUUUUUUUUUCAACUUUUUUAACUGUACACUCCUUUCCAAGGAGUGAAAGGUCUUUUUUCCCAACACUCGCUCUGAUAUAAAAUUAAAGAGCGAAGUAUUCAAAAUGACUCAAAUUUGCUUUGCCAUAAAAUUACCGAGAGCAAACAGAAUUAAAGGCCUCCAUAAAAGUUUUGGGCUAAUAAUCAAACUUAUAAGAAAAGCAGGGAUGAUAAAUAUAAUAUAAUAAUAAAUAUAAUAAAUUUUGCAAAAUAAAGCACAGUAGAAAAAAUCACAAAUAAUCCACAGUAAUAUGGCAGGUGCCCGCACACUAUUCUUUUUAUCUUAUUAACCAAUACAAUACCAAUUGUAAACAACAAAUGCGCAUUUCGGAAAUGUGCCUAAAAGCAUUUAUAAAUAAAUGUAGACACUAAAACGUACAUGAGCUAACACAGUGACCAACUAUACAUAAACCUAAACACUUAAAACUAGAUGUAAAAAGUCAGCUAAGCCUUUAACAGUCCACUAAUGGGCCCAAGGAUUUUAUUGCGCAGGGUGGUCCUAGAAAUUUCAUUUACUAUAAAGACUGUCUCCUUAACAUCAGUGAGAGCACAAUACGUAAAAUGUUAAGUUAACCUUACGUCAGGCGGACACAUGGUAACUAUUCCCGUGGUGGUGCAACUUCUUGCUGCACUGUCAAACACCUCGUGACUGUUUAUCACAUUGUACUCCAACGACGUACCAACAGCUCAUCAAAUUACAGAAAUGUCUUAAGAUGGCAAAAGUGGUAAAUUAAAGCAAUGUUCUGAACUUAUCCUUACAGAUGUAACACAGUGGUAAAUGAAAGCAAUGUUCUGAACUUAUACUUACAGACGUAACGCAAAUCCAUUUUGUGGUAACACAAAAUGCACCAACUCUAAAUUUCUCUACAAAACCAGCUAUCGUCAAAAAGGGUGGGAGUAAACUGCUCAAAUAAUUCUGCCUAGCAGUCUGACGAAUAUAAUAAAUGCUUACGUUACGUAAAUACGUCCCCCUCGUUAUUCUCACAGCACUGGCACGUUACCGAAAGCAUCGUUCACUGUGGCAACUGCAGGUAAUCCAAACAAAAGUAUUACCUCGGCUAUAUUAAUCAUCACCAACAGCACUCCAGGACUGUUCGUAAAUGCCGGAACGCCUAAACCGCCAGGAAAUACAGCGUCGGUCGCGAGGGGACUUUUUACCUUCAGAAACGUAGUAGAAGUUCCAGUUCCGGCAUGCCUCGGCACGCCCACACUCAUCCCGGUAGAGUGCGAUGCGGUGAGUGCCGCUGGUCAGAGCCGCUCUACCAGUGCACGAGCCCGUGUUUCCCGGUCCGCGGAAUUACUUCUGGCUCUGCCUCGAGUCUCUCUGUGCCCGCACGGCCACCGCAUGUACAAGUAGCUCGUUGAGAGAUUAAAACUAAAACAAAACUUAACUAAAAGCUAAAACAAAUUACAGUUUUAAACAAACUAGGUAUUAAAAAUGAAUUACAUGAAAAAAAAGGUAAACAACUGAAUUAACAGAAGUUAUUCAACUGUUAGCCAAAUUAAAAAAAAAUUAGUGGCCAUGCCAACUGUUGACUUGAUGUAGGCUUUUGGACAUACCCCAUUGCUUAGCACAUGUAUGUCUGUAGAAGAAAACUACAAAAAACACAAAUGACAAAAAACACAAAUUAAGCAAAAAAAUUUUUGCUGUUGUCAGGAUUUAACGCUGUUGUGGAGUAUUGUGUAGCGUUAAAUCCUAACAACAGCAAAAAAAUUUUUUGCUUAAUUUGUGUUUUUUUUGUCAUUUGUGUUUUUUUGUAGUUUUCUUCUACAGACAUACAUGUGCUAAGCAAUGGCGUAUGUCCAAAAGCCUACAUCAAGUCAUGCACUCCCAUUGCACAAAUCCUUCAAAGAUAAUAUGCCAACUGUUAUAAAAAUAGUUACCAAAGCUAAAGUGGCUUAACGGCCACAUAACAAAAAAAAUAAACAUUGCUCAUUUUUAUGAAAAGGUCUUUAGCUAUUUUGUAUGUCUCUAAAACAUUUAAAAUGAAUACUUCAUGAAACACAUAGUCCGUUGUAAUGUAGCUAACUUGUCUCAAUUUUGACAGUUAUCGAAAGUAGUGCCAGGUGCUAGUUUCCCAACUGUCAGUUGCAGAGCACAGACAACUACGUGAAGUUGUUUACAAGCACUGUUGGCGGAAGGCUGCGUAGACUAAACUGUUUGAAGAAUUUCAAAUUUGAGACAAGUUUCAUGUCGCAGACCAUAAUGUAGAAUUAGAUACAUAUUAUUUAUGUACUUUAAAAGUAACCCAGAACAAAAAAAUAAAUGGUGUUCUAGUUACAGUUAACAACUUUCUAAUCAGAAAAGCAAGCACGCCUUCUCUUUUGGAUCUAGUCUGCUUCUGUUCUUGUCGACAAGUUCAGGUUCAACAGAUGUUUUCUUGCUAGCUGGCGCUGACCAAGAAAUGCGUGUUGAUUCAUCCAAUAUAACUUAAGUAUUGUAGUAUCGACUGGUAUCAUGAUAUCACAAGUCAAAUAUUUUAUUAAAAAAUUUCUUUCUGUAUUACAGCAGCAGUAUUACAUGCUCCAAUAUUAACCAUGAUGGAAUCUGCGUUACUGUGUACAGUAACGAUGGUGAAAUCGCAUUGGUUUUCCAUUGCCUUAUGCGACGUUAGGGUGCAACACCAUAUUCUGAACCUGGCAAGUUUAUUUUCCACGCAUAAAAAAAAUUCCCUGGGAAUUGAAUAUUUGGCCAUUCGGUUUGUCAGUUCAGAUAAUGAUUGAGGUAAUUUGACAUACAUCAAAACGACACUCUCUGGUACCAGAAUUCGCAAGCACUAGGACUAAUAUUAAAUUGUUGCAAUUAAAAACCUGACCUAUUUUAUCUCAAGUUUCUAAUGCAUAGCUACCAUGAAAUAAGUGAUCUAUAUUUAUGUUUUUUGUUUCUUUAGUCUACACAGCUGCGGAAUAUAUUUAUAAUGACUUUAUGUUUAUGUCAAAUAUAGCUGUUAAACUUGGAAAAGACCUCAGCAUUUAUUUAUAUAAUGAUAUUUUGUAGCAGCAAAAAGCUUUCAUUUUGUGCAUUGAAUGUAAAAAAAAAAUUUAAAUCCCCAAAUAUUUUAUAAAAAAAAUUCUGUGUAAAAUUUUUUACUUUUUUAGUUUCGGACUGUUAUUUAACUACUAAACUAUUACAUUAUAUAACUGUGUUUAAUAUUAUUUGUUGCAGACUGUGUAGUGUUUACAGUUUCUCCAGACUAAUCAAUUAAAGACAGAUGUGUCUCAUAUUUUUAUUAAUCAAGCUCUCGGCUUUUAAAUGUGUAUUUGCAUAUAAACAAAAUUGUAAGCCAAUGUAUUUUAGUCAGUUUUAAAACAUAAGAUUUUUUGGUUUUAACGAAUGUUUGCCUAACAAAAUAUUUUUAAUCCCCAAAACAUCUUCAUUUAAUUAUCCAAGUUUUAAAUUUAUGUAUAUUUGCAUUUUUUUUUAAUGUUCAGAAGUAAAGGAACAUUGUUAUUUUAUAUUAAAAAAAAAUGUGCAAGAUGCAUUUGUUUAUGUAGGCUAGUUUUGUAAACUAGGAACUCAGUAAAACUUUACAAUAUAACAGGAUAUAACAUAUAAGUAUAUAUAUAUUUUGUAUGCAGCAAUACCAAAAAAUGAGUCUGGUUAAGUGAUGUGUGAUUGCAUAUUUUCUUUAUUUGUCCAGUGUUUUAGUUUUAGAGGUGCAGUAUUACAUACUGCGUGUGCUAGAACAGGUUUGUUAUACAUUGCUGAGCAGAGGAGAGUUCUGCUUAGAGAUAAUUCUUGUUUGAGCGUUUGUAUGCAUGAUGCUGUUAAUAUGUUGUUUUUCUGCUUAUAACCAGUCUAUUUUCUAUUGUAAAUUUAUGAAAAUGGACCAAAAAAAGGUGUGGUGCAUCCAUUAUAAUAAUUUUGUAAGCUCAAAAAUUAUAUGUGUGUGUUGGAUUUAUUCACAAAGUUUUAUUCUUUGACAGCUCGUAAAGUAAUAAUUUAGGCUUAUUUGUUUGCAAUAAAAUCUUUGAAACUGUACAGGAAUCACGAAUCCUGUAAAAGCGUGUGUAAGUUGAUCAGUAAGAGUAAGGAAACUUUUUUCAGUCACAUAUUCACUUGUUGGUCAGUUUACAUGAUUCUGUAAGUACAGCAAACUGGAUUAUUGUAGUGGAUGCACUGCGUUGCGUAUCAGAGCCAGAGGUUCGUGUGUUCUCGCUGGGAGAUAGCCAGGUGUUGAGGAUCAUCACAGUGUUACAAGCCAAAGUGACUCAAUAAAUGUUUUACUAAAGUGGAAGCAUUUUUAUUUAUUUUCAAAAUUAGUGCAGUGAACAUUUGUUUAAGAAGCUGCAUUUACAGCAAAGAAGCAAAUUAAAAAUUUCCUUAAAGGUUUUGUUCCAUUUAAUUGCUUAUUUUUCUGAAGAGGUGUACUAGUGUAUAUGUACCUGUGUUUCAUCCAAUUUUUUUUAUUAUUUAUUUAUUUUUUUAAUUUACUUUUGUUGUGGCUUUCUAACAUUGGUAAGCUUGAUUACAAAUUCCCAGUAUAAUAUAUUCUGUCAUUUAUUUAUUUAUUUUUCUCGUCACUACAUGAGUAAUCCAGUACGAACUGCUUCAAGAUAGUUCUGCAGUCUUUAUUGAACCAUCAAAUGAUUUCAAAUUAAAACAUUCUGCCUUUCAGUUUUGCAUUUAUUAUAUGAGUAGCAAAUGCUGCCAUUAAUAUUAGUUUACAAAUUAAAAAAAAAAAAAAAAUUAGCUCGCAUACAUAUCAGUGACGUGUUUUACUGUACUAUUGGCCAUGACACGCAGAAAAAUGUGUAUAAAGUGAAACCCCGUUGUUGCGACCCUGUUUAUUAGGACCACCUUUCUAGUAUGACCCUUUUUCUGAGAAACCGUGAAAAAGUUUUGCUAAAAUGUUGAAGAUUUGAACUAAAUUGGCCAAAAAUUUGUUUUGAAGUGUGUUGCGUCGCAGUUUUGUUGGAGAGUGCUGUACUGCACAUAGCGCAUACCCCGGCCCGGGCUGAUCCCCUGCUCCCUCUUACAACAGGUAUCGGUUACGUGGUGCCUGCAUGUCGCAUGGGUUCAUAAGGAAAGGUAGCUCUAUGGCAAAAUAGGAAAAAUCCACGCCACUUUUUUUUCCCGAGCACAGAACGCAGUGUUCCUACUGGCUGCCGUCCGUCCUUUCGCGCACCACUCUACCCUUCACGACACUCCACGUCUUGCCUGCUCGCAAGAGCGAUAACCAAGCAACGUUUAGCACUUAACCUUCUUGACCUCUCUGCCACGGUAAUGUAGUUUCAGUCGGCCCACGUCUAAUAAAUAUUUUUAACGAAAAUUUAUUUCAUUUUCCCCGUGAAAUCCGUGUCAAGUUAACUUAGCACUUGUUAAAAGUCGCAGUGCACCACGCAUUAUUCCGUGUCAAUGCUCGGUUUUUGGUGACAGUAGGUGAUCCAGCAUGCUUUUCUUGGGUAGCUUGUCGGGAAAGUCUGCUAUAAGAAAAAUUUAUAUUUGAGCUUGAAAACAUGUCCAUCUCUUGCCAAAGACAACUGAAUAGGACUCGGCGUGAAAAAUAGGCACGUAAUUUUGACGUAUAUCGGUCACGGGGGUGGCUGGGAGAGACUUUUAAGGGGUUGUAAUAACCGUGAGGGGUCGUAUUAACCAGGUUUAGUUGUAGUUUCAUGGCGCUGCCAAUUUCAGAACUUUUAUUUUAUUCAUGAUUGCAAAAGAGCUUCUGCCCAGCUGCUGAUGAGGUUGCCGAUGGAAAUGAACUGCAGAAAAUAAUUUUGCAUCGGGCAACUCCACGGUCUGCACUAUCUUACUUCAGCCGAUUACAUUGCGUUUUCUCUGUUCUCUCUCUCCUUAGCCUGUCCAGCAAAGUCACAACAAACUAAUGUUUUCCUGCACAUUAUAGUUUGCACUGAACAUUUUCAUUACGUAACCAACACUGCCAGCCUGAAGAAAGAUGAAUUAAUUUGAUUAAUUACCGAUUGUGAUUAUGUAUUAAGACUAUAGAUAUUUAAUUGUGCUACAAAUGAAUACAGAUUUGAUUGCGUCCCUUACAUUUAACGAAUGUUAGUAAAAAUCCUACAAAUUGUAGAAGGGCAAAAAAAAUUUUUGAUUGAAAUACCAUCAGUCUUCAGACAAAAAAUUAAUGUUACUGUUUUAUACUUAUUGUAAAUUUCCAUGUGUUUUUCAUGUUUUUCCUGUCUGCAGGAAGCUUUAACUUGCAGAGAUUUUUGGUGUUAUAGUACUAUUUAGUUUUAAAUUGCCCACCAGAGUUCAUAGUUUUCUGUACUAGCAUUUAUGUCACUGCACUUUAAAAGUGUCCUUUACAAUUGAUAAUGUCAACAAAAAAAAACAUUUAUUGCGUACAGGUUUUUUUUUUUUCUAUUUGAAUAAGUGAAUUAGUACAGGUUUCAUAAUGUAGUGUGUACAAAUAUUCUGAAACUUUUCAAUGUUGUAAUAAGCAUGUUAAAACUGACCAAUUGCUGUUGUGUGCCCCCUGAAGGGGGCAGGGGGCUGCUUCAUCUCUCUCGUGUUACCACCCCUGCUUCCAUGCUCCUGACACCUACCCAAUACUUAACCUCCCUCCAACAUACAGUUUUGAUAAUGUGGCUGUCACUUUUGUGUUGAUAAUGUGAUUAAAAUUGUACAAAAAAGAUUACUAUAAUUAAAACAAUUUUACAAUAA